GCGACAUUACUGCGCUUCUGCACUCAGCGCACUACAGAGUUGGUGUUUAAGCCGUUGGCUAAAUGUCUGUUGCAGGAACUAAAGUUUCGUUAACUGAUAUUUGGCGGAUAUUUUGGUGAAAUCCCACGGGAUUACUUAUUUUCUCUCUCCAGAAAGCACCUGACCUGACCGUGCGGAGAGGCAGAGAGUGAAGCCGAACAUCAUGUCUAUCCUGCCGUUCACACCUCCGAUUGUGAAGAAGCUCCUUGGAUGGAAGAAAGGAGAGCAGAAUGGACAAGAAGAGAAAUGGUGUGAAAAGGCGGUGAAGAGUCUCGUGAAGAAGCUAAAGAAGACGGGGCAACUCGACGAAUUGGAGAAGGCCAUUACUACUCAGAAUAUAAACACGAAAUGUAUAACCAUACCGAGGUCUCUGGACGGGCGUCUGCAGGUGUCGCACAGAAAAGGCCUCCCUCACGUAAUCUACUGCCGGCUGUGGCGCUGGCCAGACCUGCAGUCACACCACGAGCUGCGUGCUAUAGACCAGUGCGAGUUUGCUUUCCACACAAAGAAGGACGAAGUGUGCGUCAACCCCUACCAUUACCAGCGCGUGGAGACACCAGUUCUUCCUCCGGUACUGGUUCCCCGACACACUGAUAUCCCUGCUGAGUUUCCCCCUCUGGAUGACUACAGCCACUCUAUCCCUGAGAACACCAACUUUCCUGCAGGCAUAGAGCCUCUGAUAAACUACAUACCUGAGACACCCCCUCCAGGGUAUCUCAGUGAAGAUGGUGAAAGCAAUGAUCAGCAGAAUCACAGCAUGGACACAGGUUCCCCAGACUUGUCACCUAGCCCUGUUUCCCCUGCAAGUAGCAACCCUGACCUGCAACCGGUAACAUAUUGUGAGUCAGCGUUCUGGUGCUCCAUCUCGUACUAUGAGCUGAACCAGCGGGUAGGGGAGAUAUUCCAUGCAUCGCAGCCCUCUCUCACUGUGGACGGCUUCACAGAUCCGUCCAACGCUGAGCGAUUCUGCCUGGGUUUGCUGUCCAACGUGAACCGCAACACCGCUGUAGAGCUCACACGCAGACAUAUCGGUCGGGGAGUACGGCUGUACUACAUAGGUGGUGAGGUGUUUGCAGAGUGUCUGAGUGACAGUGCCAUCUUUGUCCAGAGUCCUAAUUGCAACCAGCGCUACGGCUGGCACCCCGCCACAGUGUGUAAGAUUCCUCCAGGCUGUAAUCUAAAGAUCUUCAAUAACCAGGAGUUUGCGGCUCUGUUGGCUCAGUCUGUGAAUCAGGGAUUUGAGGCUGUGUACCAGUUGACCCGCAUGUGCACAAUCCGCAUGAGCUUCGUCAAAGGAUGGGGAGCAGAAUACAGGCGCCAGACUGUAACCAGCACCCCCUGCUGGAUAGAGCUACACUUAAAUGGCCCCCUGCAAUGGCUAGACAAGGUGCUCACCCAGAUGGGCUCACCCAGCAUCCGCUGCUCCAGUGUGUCAUAGAUGACCCAGCACCACUGACUUCACAACCAGGAAGCACCAACCGCAUGAGAAGGCUGGACAGACAGACAGGCGUCCUCUCAAGUGUUUCCUUUUAGUGUCACUCCACUGCUUGCUGGUUCAGUCAUUUCCACACACACAGAGUUUUGAGCACUUUCUAUUGCUGAUACCUAUACAGCGUGGCUUGUAUAGCUGUGCAUGUUAUGUAGAUUUGUUUUGGUCAUACAAAGAUAGGUAUAUAUUUUGGCUGUUUUUUUUUGUUGUUUUUUUUUUUACAUUUAAUUUUAAGCUCGGCUUAAAACGCGAGGUAUCGAACCUUACAGAGUUUAAACACUUCAUAUUCGUUGAAGAUGGAUAUGGAGAAAUAACUGGUGAAGUAGAUUUUUAUUAUUAAUCGCCUACAUACAGCUUGCAGUACGUGAAAAGCUGCAACCCUUAAAUUUGGGGAAUCUGUCCGAAUUUCUCUCAGGCCCAGCAGUUUGCUGUGCACGCAUUUAGCAACUUCAUAGGCCUGAGAGGGUUAGUACGGCGUCCCCACGGCCUUCGUUCGAGCGGCUGCGUGGGAGUAUAACCCCCUAGCUGUUGGCUGUUUUCAAGUGAACAGUAGCUAGGUACUGCUCUUAUGGUGUGUUGGUGCUCACAUGCCAUACUGGGCUACAUGCACUGAGCAGUUCAGCACAAUUUCUAGGAUGAUUCAGUGCUGUUAAUCUGGUUAGUAUUCUUUUUUUUUUCUUUUCAUAGUAUGAAAACUAGAUGUCUGUCUAUUUUCAAAAUGAUACAAAGCACAUCUUGAUACAAGAUGUCUGAAAGAUAUAUUUAAGAUUUAUGUUGUGACUUGGAGCUAUUUUUAUGCGAAACUAUGUCAUUCAGAUGCUACUAAUUUUUUUUGACACUGGUUUCAGGAAAAAUAUCCAGCAGGUAUAAAUCAGUAUAAAAAAUUUUUUUUGAUCCAAUAUAGAACAUUUGGGUGAAUUGUGUUUAUAGUGCCCAACAGCACAUUAAGGAUUUGGUAAGGAACUUCUCAAACACGUCAUUCUGUGAAGAGGAAGGUGUCUUGUAGGUGUAAUUAUGUUUUGUGUGGUAAAUCAUGUUUAAAAUGUUAAGUCUUUUUACUACAUUCACGAAAUCAUCAGCACACGCUUCGGCAUAGAGCCUGUGUUCCACUUUCUUUAUCUACAGAGCAUAUGAACAGUUUCUGAUUUUUAAUCAAUAUAAAACUAAGCUCAAAGUAAAUAAAGUUACUCACCAUGGUCCAGAAGACUGCAUGUCAAAGACCAGCUACAGCUUUCUCAAUCGUUCUCCAUAACAAGUUGCAGUGCAAUUAAGCUGGAAAGGGCUACACAUGGCUCAAAGGCUCAGGCUGGGAAAAUGUGAGAAUGGUGUCGCAAAAAAAUGUACAUCGUUAUCUGUGUGUUAUCUUUGACAGCCUUUUGGUUAUAACGUUACAAGCCCUUGGUAUGUUUUGUAUCAAAUACAGAAAAAUUGUGCAUUUUUAUGGUACUUAUUCCAGUGUAGCGCAACCGUAACCAUGUGAAGCACUUGUCUUUACUACUCUGUCAGAGAGUAAACAAAUCAUUCUGUUAAACGCUGGAAAUUGAAGUUUGUCAGUGACAUAACUGUAUCCAUUGUUUCAGGAGAAAAAAAUUAACUUGCAAAAAAAAAAAAAAAAACAUUUUGCUUAAUAUUAGAUUUUGUCAUUCUUAUUUUUGCAUAACAACCAGACUGGAGAGUUCAGCAGUGUCUUGUUCUAUCACCCAGUGUAUAUUAUGUCAGAGCCUGUAAGAAGGGCCACAGUGAGUAGCACAGAACCAACUGCUUUACGUUUCUUUUUUUUCCUCUCUCAUGCUUUUUGCUUUGCUACUUCUUGUCUGCAGCCUCAGCUUUAUUAAAGUGAUUAUUAAAGUUUAUUAAAGUGAUA